AUGAUAAGAGCCAUUGGAAUUGAUCUUGGUACUACUUAUUCUUGUGUUGCGCACUUCACAAACAAUAGAGUAGAAAUCAUCGCCAAUGACCAAGGUAACCGUACUACUCCAUCCUAUGUAGCCUUCACAGACACUGAACGGUUAAUCGGAGAUGCAGCAAAAAAUCAAGCUGCAUUGAACCCUCACAAUACCGUUUUUGAUGCCAAAAGAAUGAUCGGUAGAAAAUUUGAUGAUCCAGAUAUCUCUAAUGAUAUUAAACAUUUCCCUUUUAAAGUCAUCAAUAGACAGGGAAAACCUAUCAUCCAAGUCGAAUUCAAGGGCGAAAUUAAAACUUUCACACCAGAAGAAAUCUCUUCAAUGGUUUUACUGAAAAUGAAGGAGACCGCAGAGCACUACUUGGGUGGAACAAUAAAAGAUGCAGUCGUCACUGUCCCUGCUUACUUUAAUGAUUCUCAACGACAAGCGACUAAAGAUGCAGGAACUAUAGCUGGUUUAAAUGUUCUACGUAUUAUCAAUGAACCUACUGCCGCUGCUAUAGCUUAUGGUCUGGAUAAGAAGGGAUCUACAGACCAUGAGGUCUUAAUCUUUGAUCUAGGUGGUGGAACCUUUGAUGUUUCUUUGCUCUCCAUCGAUGAAGGUGUCUUUGAAGUCAGAGCUACUGCUGGUGAUACUCAUUUGGGUGGCGAAGAUUUCGAUAAUAGAUUAGUAACACACCUUGCAAACGAAUUCAAAAGAAAAAAUAAAAAGGAUAUCACACAGAAUCAAAGAGCUUUAAGAAGAUUGAGGACUGCUGCAGAAAGGGGCAAAAGAGCUUUAUCUUCAGCCACACAGACUUCAAUUGAAAUAGAUUCUUUGUUUGAAGGUAUCGAUUUUUACACGUCUAUCACAAGAGCAAGGUUUGAAGAGUUAUGUUCCGACUUGUUUAGAUCAACACUGGAUCCUGUAGACCGGGUCAUUAAAGAUUCUAAAUUAGAUAAAUCUCAAAUUGAUGAAAUUGUCUUAGUUGGUGGAUCCACUAGAAUUCCCAAGAUCCACAAAUUGGUGUCGGAUUUCUUCAAUGGGAAAGAGCCAAAUAGAUCGAUUAACCCGGAUGAAGCAGUGGCCUACGGUGCAGCGGUGCAAGCUGCAAUAUUAACAGGCGAUACCUCAUCAAAGACCCAGGAUUUAUUACUACUAGAUGUGGCUCCUUUAUCUUUAGGAAUUGAAACUGCUGGUGGUAUAAUGACAAAAUUAAUUCCAAGAAAUUCCACUAUCCCAACCAAAAAAUCCGAAACAUUUUCGACUUAUGCAGAUAACCAACCAGGUGUCCUUAUUCAAGUGUUUGAAGGGGAAAGAACGAGAACCAAGGAUAAUAAUCUAUUGGGUAAAUUUGAGUUAUCUGGUAUUCCACCCGCACCAAGGGGUAUACCUCAGAUUGACGUUACUUUUGAUAUAGAUGCUAAUGGUAUAUUAAAUGUGUCUGCUUUGGAAAAGGGUACAGGCAAAACAAAUAAGAUUACCAUUACAAAUGAUAAAGGUAGAUUAUCAAAGGAAGAUAUCGAAAGGAUGGUGUCUGAGGCUGAAAGGUUUAAAGCUGAAGAUGAAAAGGAAGCUGAACGCAUUCAAACUAAGAAUCAAUUAGAAUCAUAUGUGUUUUCUUUAAAGAAUACUGUUAGUGAAAAUGAUUUCAAAGAAAAAGUUGGAGAAGCUGAAGCAAAAAAGAUAGAAGAGGCUGCAAAAGAGAUAAUUAACUGGCUAGAUAUCUCUCAAGCAGCCUCAAUUGAAGAGUAUAAAGAUAAACAAAAACACUUAGAAUCUAUUGCCAAUCCCAUAAUGACCAAAUUUUACGAAUCUACAGGUGCAUCUGGAGCAUCUAGUGGGACUGGUGAUCAACAUCCACCACAUGGUGUUUCUCAAGAUGAAUCAGGUCCUACAGUAGAAGAAGUUGACUAA